AUGAAGUCAGCCGGUCUCCCUUCAGCGAUUGCCCUCGCCCUAAUCGGGCUCUCGGCCGCUCAUCCACAGGGCAGUAGAGAUGCAAGGGAAGCGGCAGUUCGGCCUCAGAAGAUCAUCGUUGCCGACUCCUCCAUAGCCGAUCCCACUGAAGCUCCCCAGGUCGUUGUUUACGUCGACGAGGAGGGCAGGCCUUUGGAAACAACCACCGAGACAGUUCGCUUUGUGCCCGCAUAUCGGUCGAUCAGUCGCUUUCCCAUGCCUAUGGGGCUGGAAACCCGCUCAAGAGAUGUUGGCUCUCGAGCAGCAUCUUCACAACCCUUCACCAACACCCUGGAUGCAUCCUCAUCGGCGUUAUCAAGCGCUCCAUCUUCCUCUUCUUCAUCGUCAUCGCCUUCGCCCAUGCCUUCUUCCUAUUCCACUCCAAACACCACCCUUCAUGGCAUAGCCUAUGCUCCCUACACCGCAGCGGGACAGUGCAAGACAGCUGAGCAGAUUGAUGCCGACUUUACCGAACUGAAAGGAAAAUACUCGGUCGUCCGCACCUACGGCACCGAUUGCAAUCAGGUCGCCAAUGCUCUGUCUGCGGCGAAAAAUGCUGGCGUGAAGCUCUUCUUGGGCAUCUUCGACAUCAGCUCGAUCCCAACCCAGGUCGCAACGAUUGUUUCAGCCGUCGGCAGUGACUGGUCUCUGAUUGACACUGUCAGUGUCGGUAACGAGUUGGUCAACAAUGGCAAGGCGACAGCGCAGCAGAUGGUGACCGCUGUUGGCCAGACGCGGCAGCUUCUCCGCGCUGCUGGUUACACAGGUCCCGUUGUCACUGUCGAUACAUUCGUGGCCGUCCUUGCGAAUCCUUCGCUCUGCGACGUGUCGGACUACUGCGCGAUGAACAUCCAUCCCUUUUUCGAUAGUAGCACGGCGGCAAAGGAUGCAGGUGCUUUCAUCACUCGGAUGGUGGGCGAGGUCCAGGCCAAGCUGUCGAACCGAAGCAAGCGCGUCGUUUGCACAGAGACUGGAUGGCCGUGGAAGGGCAACGCCAACGGAGCUGCCGUGCCCGGUCUUGAGCAGCAGAAGUUGGCUGUCGACUCGAUCAAGAAGGCGUAUGCAAGCCAUCCGAGCGACGUCAUUCUCUUUUCUGCUUUUAACGACCUUUGGAAGCAUGCCGAGGCAGCAACGUUCAAUGCAGAGCAGUACUGGGGCAUUGGAGCUCUGUACUCGGAUUCUGGCAAAUGA